GCUCUAAGGGAUCAGUGGGCUUUCCUGGAACAGCCGGGAUGGAAGGAGAGAAAGGAAAGAGGGGUCCUGCUGGACAGACUGGUUCGGAUGGUGAAAGAGGUCCAAAUGGUGCACGUGGGGGAAGAGGAGCAAGAGGCCCGACAGGAAAGCCUGGAGCCAAGGGCUCUGCUGGUCAUGACGGUCCACAAGGUGCCGCAGGAGAGAGAGGCCCUCAAGGUCCACAAGGACGGGAUGGAGAGGCCGGGCCAAAGGGACCAAACGGCCCUCCAGGAAAGGAUGGGUUGCCAGGUCACCCUGGCCAACGGGGAGAGCCAGGAUUUCAAGGAAAGACUGGUCCCCCCGGGCCUGCUGGAGUGAUUGGCACACAGGGAAAAACUGGGGAGACUGGCCCCACUGGAGACAGGGGACAUCCGGGUGCCCCAGGACCCCCUGGAGAGCAAGGUCUGCCAGGAGUCACAGGCAAAGAGGGAGCCAAGGGAGAUCCAGGCCCCGCAGGGCUGCCUGGGAAGAGUGGUCCUGCUGGGCGUCGUGGAUUCAGAGGAGAAAGAGGCUUACCUGGCACUCUGGGUACUGCUGGUCUGAAGGGUGGGGAGGGCCCCCCUGGUGUUGCAGGACCUAUUGGUGCCACCGGAGAAAGAGGACCCGCUGGACCUGCGGGUGCCAUUGGUCAGCCUGGCCGUACGGGAGGUGUUGGCCCCCCUGGGCCAAUGGGAGAGAAGGGCGAGCCGGGUGAGAAAGGUUCAUUUGGUCCUGCUGGGCGAGAUGGAGAACAAGGGCCUGUGGGAUUACCGGGUCCUGCAGGGUCACCUGGUCCACCUGGAGAAGACGGAGAUAAGGGGGAGACAGGUGGACCAGGGCAGAAAGGCAGCAAAGGAGACAAGGGAGAGGGGGGUCCCCCAGGGCCAUCUGGGAGUCAGGGACCUCCUGGACAGCUAGGAGCACCAGGUCUGGAUGGAGAGCCAGGGCCCCGGGGACAGCAAGGAAUGUACGGCCCUAAAGGAGAUGAAGGUCUUCGUGGUUUUAAAGGGGCAAAUGGACCACCAGGUUUGCAGGGAAUGCCAGGACCCCCAGGAGAGAAGGGAGAGACCGGAAAUGUUGGCACUAUGGGCCCUCCAGGACAACAUGGCCCACGUGGCCCCCAGGGACCCAGUGGGGGAGAGGGUCCUCAGGGCAUGCCGGGUGGAGUGGGCCAGCCAGGAAUGGUGGGAGAAAAGGGUGAGGAUGGAGAAGCAGGCAAUCCAGGAAAUGUUGGUGAAACUGGCCCCCCUGGAGAGAAAGGUGAAGUGGGUGAGAAGGGUGAUGCUGGCCCCCCUGGGGCUGCAGGACCCCCAGGAAUCAGAGGCACACCUGGAUCAGAUGGACCCAAAGGAAACCCAGGUCCCCUUGGAUUUCCUGGAGACGCGGGACCCCCUGGAGAGCCAGGUGCGAAUGGCAUUGAUGGUGGUCCAGGAACUAAAGGGGAUAAUGGCGAACCUGGUAAAGCUGGACCCCCAGGAGCCUCAGGAGAGCCUGGCCCUCAAGGGCCACCUGGACGGAGGGGUCACGUAGGUCCUGAGGGAAAUGAAGGGAAACAGGGAAAAAAUGGGGCAAAGGGUUCUGCUGGUGCGGAGGGUCCAAUGGGAAAAACAGGGCCUGUCGGACCACAGGGACACCCUGGAAACCCUGGUCCAGAGGGAUUGCGUGGGAUUCCAGGCUCUGCUGGAGAGCAAGGGUUAAAUGGGCCCCCAGGGCAAACGGGACCCCCAGGACCAAUGGGUCCAACUGGAUUACCAGGACUGAAAGGAGAUCCCGGCAUUAAAGGAGAUAAGGGUCAUGUCGGGCUGAUUGGACUUAUUGGACCACCAGGAGAAAUGGGGGAGAAAGGAGAUCGAGGCCUGCCAGGAAAUCAGGGAGUACAAGGCCCCAAAGGAGAUGGUGGUGUUUCUGGCCCCCCCGGCCCGACUGGUCCACCUGGAUUCCCCGGGUUGUCUGGUGCAAUCGGUGAGAAAGGAUCUAAAGGAGACCAGGGAGCCAUCGGUGCAAGAGGAGAUCCAGGACCUGCUGGCCCACCUGGAAUACCUGGCCCACCAGCCACCAUGAUCGAGCCUCUGCCAAUCAGAGAGGGACGAAAAAAGCGAAGGACACACUCAAACCAACAAGGAGCCACAGUCAGGUCAGAGAGUGAGGACGAGGAAGCAGUUCAGUUCAAUAUGGAGGAUUUCCUACAGGCAGACGAGUCCCUGGAUGAGCCUGAAGGCAUGGAGGAGGUGUUCGCUUCACUUAACUCAAUGAAAACAGAGGUGGAGCUCAUGAGAAAACCACUCGGGACCUUCGAGAGUCCUGCCCGCACAUGCAAGGAGCUGAUGUUGUGCCAUCCAGAAUACAAGGAUGGUGAAUAUUGGAUUGACCCAAACCAAGGCUGCCAUCGAGACUCCAUUAAGGUUUUCUGCAACUUCACUGCGGAGGGGGAGACCUGUCUGCAUCCUGAUAAACGAUUUGAAACGGUGAAGCUGGCCGCCUGGAACAAAGAAAAAACGGGCAGUUGGUACAGCCAGUACAGAAAGGGCAAACAGUUCUCCUAUAUUGACACUGAUGGAAAUCCAGUUCCUGUGGUUCAGCUGACCUUCCUGAAGCUCCUCAGUGCCACAGCUACGCAGAGCUUCACCUAUAGCUGCCAGAACUCCGUCGGCUGGUACAACGUGGCGAGCCACAGCCAUCAACAUGCCUUACGGUUUCGCGGCAGCAACGACGAGGAGAUGACACAAGCCAAAUCGCCCUUUAUCACAUCACUGCAUGAUGGUUGUCAGACGCGUAAGGGUCAAGAGAGAACCGUGCUGCGGAUCGACUCGCCGCGGUCAGAGCUUCUUCCGAUCAUAGAUGUAGCAGUAUCAGACUUUGGGAAUAACAACCAGAAGUUUGGCUUCCAUGUUGGACCUGUGUGUUUUAAUGGCUAAAACAGAGCGCCUUAUCACAGGACUCGCCAGCUAAAGAAACGAGGCCACCAGUGAUAUUUAUUAAGUGAUAUGAAGACGGUGGGUUUGUGGCAUGUUUCCAAAUGACUGUUGAACUUCUGAUGGGUUGCAGAAGCCCACAAAUCAAUGGUGGCUAUGCAAGGAUGGCAAUCAGGACAAAUUAAGCACAUUUAUUAAAGGGAAGUCUUUUUUAUCUCCUUUUUAUACUGUACUCACCUGUGGAUUAAAUUAUGAGGCACGACCCACUAGAGUUCCCAGAACUGCUCCGGCUGAAAAACAAAUACAUCGUCUGUCUGUCAUCUGCGCCACAGACCGUUUUAGCCCAUAGCAUACUGUAUUGAAUUUACAGCCUGUGACUGGGAUCUCAUAUUUGUUUGUCUCAUUUGAUAGCUAUGAUUUGAAAUUAAUUUGCCACUUGAGGGAUCCGCUUCGACAUUGAAGAGUAAAUAUUUCUGAGCCCCAUUUUCCCGCCUUGACUGCAAUAUGAUGCCACCUGAGGCAAAGUAUACCUCUUUACUAGUUUGACAAGAAAAUACCACCCCGAUCUGUUUGUAAUUCCUCGCUUAGAUAUUCCCCGUCACAUCAGAAAUGCAGUGUUACUCAUCUUUAAUCAGUACACGCUCAUACUUUACAUAAACAAUGUUAAAUAAGGCCCGAGCUUUUCAAAAUGCAAAGCAGUUUAUGCAUGACUCAAAUGGAGCCCAGCUGCUUAUUAAUAUGUAAAGUAGUCCGCUCACUUAAGCUGCUUGUCCUGUUAGUGGGCAGCAUAGUAUGUUUGCCUGUCAGUGAUCCAUGUUUCCAUGGUGCUAGCGUAUCAACCUUUGCUCCACAUAGCCGAUUUGCUUCAUAUAUGUGUAGUAAUGAAUGAAAAAUACUGUGUCGGAUUGAGAGAGGGGUGUCAUAUGAACAUUACACUGAAGACUAAUUAAAUUAUGCUUCUUUUUUAUGUAAACUCACUUAUAUCUGAAGUUCCUGAUCAUCAACCUCAAAAGUACUGUGUGCUGUGUAUGUGUGUUGAUAUGUCUUGUUUGUUGUGUGGAACACUGUGGUGCUAAAGCAAUUCGUUUUUUAUAUUCUGCUACGUGUAAUGAUAAUUUGUUGUCUCGGGGCAGAGGUAGGAAAAGGGAAGACAUAUGUGGUGCUUAAUACUAAUGGAGGGAGAUAAACACUCACAGAAAAAAAGUGCUGUUAUAUACAGCCAAUAUGGUGCAAAACAUAUUUGUAAAGAGCAGGCUUGCAGAUGAUGUAAUGUUUAUAUCUAUAUAAUAUAUUGCAAAUGAUAUAGGCCUACACAAAAUUGCUAAGAGUAAAUGCAUUUUAUACAAUGUUUACUUAAAACUUAAAAUUGAAAAAAAGAAUAGGUUUACAUUCUGUUGAAAAUGAAAGUAAAUAAUCUGUAUUUUUCUAACCCCAUUGACCCUAUUAACUCCUCAUUAACUGACUUAUAUCAUUUUGCAGGCAAAUACAUCACGAUUUAAGAAUUUUGUACUGUAAAGCAAUACAAAAAUACAGACUAAGGCAAGGUUGUUAUUUGACUCACAUAAAGCAAACUACCAAAUCUGUUAAUCAUUACAUUCAAUUAAACACACUUUAUUCACAAAAAUUAAAACCAAAAAUAUAUAUUUUUUAUAUUAUCUAUUGACAGGAUUGCUUUGAAACUACAUAAUGUGGAUCAACCUAAUUUGUUAAUUGGACAAUCCCAAAAUGACUAAAUAUUGACCGAUUAAUUGACCCGCUAGCUAUCGCUAGCAUCCUUAUUUCUAAACUAACUAGUCCUGCCCAUCCUGACCUCUGAACCCUCCUUUGUAUAGUGUCUGUGCUACUAAUUUUACACGGUGUACAGUUAUUAUAAAGUAUGAAUGAUAAUACUUAUUCUUUUUCCUGACAAUUGUAUUUGUGAAAAAAAUGAGCGAAUUAAAAAAUGCUGUUCUUUUAAGGAGA